GUCACUGUUUCCGUGUGCAGAAAAGCUUUCGAUUUGACGGCUGCUACAUUUGAACCUAAAAUUGGUUCAGAUAGAGUCGUUCUAAUUUGCACGUAAAAUUUGAAGAGAACGUGGUUAAAUCGACGGAAUCGAUGUUUAGAUAAACAUCUUAUCAGGGGGUCAGCGAGUACCAGAGCAAGUUCAAGGGUCAGCGGGUGAAGCGCAGAAGCGUCUCCCCGCAGUGUGAGAUGCGGCAGGCCGGCCUGCGCUCAGACCAGUCUGGGAUCACCAGGGAGCCCCAUUUCCUCUCCAAGAAGGCGGUUCCCUUCUACGAACCCCAAGUACCCAAAUCUCUGCAGUGGGAGGUGCCUGUGGACCCACGGGGGGAGCCUCGGACACGGGAGGUCUGCAGACCUAAGGCCAGCUUCGCAGACCCUCCUGUGGAGAAACUGUGCAGCCCUCAGGGGCCUGAGACCCCUCUCGCUCCCAGGGGCCCUAAGCCCUCUGAAGGCCAGUGUGCUGAGUCUAAGCCUGAGCCCCCUCCUCCAGAACCUGAGGGAAGCAGACAGGCAAACGGGCCCCCAGCCACAGUGGAUAAGGCAGAGGUGACACUGAAUGGAAUCCAACGUGCACUGAGGCGAAAGGCAGCUCUUAGGACUGCAGAGCAGAGACCCGGGCGCCAGGCAUCGGAGUACCAGCGGCAGUUCACCUGGAAGAUGGCCGCAUGCCGCUCCCCCUUGCUGGCUGCUGAGCAGAUGGUCUACAGCAGCAACAGAAUGAUCCCGCCAUUUAAGACCAACCCCGUGGUCAUGGAGAGCGAGUACAGGAAGAACUUCAAAGGGGCCCAGCCCCCCCGCGGUCCACGGCUACGUCAGGAACUGGAUGGGAGAGAGGGGGCACUCCUGCUGCAGGAGAGCGUUUGCCCUGUAGGGAGCGCUAAGGGCAAGAGGAAGGUCAACCGGGGGCAGCGCUACAGGAAACCCCGCCAGCAGAACGGGUCUGCCACGCUUGCGGGGGAGAAGAGGCCGCAGGAAGUGAGGUCAUCAAAACGGCAUCAGCGCUCCACCCCUCACUCUGGAUGCUGGAAGGGGAAAUCUGAGUAUAUCUCGAAUUUCCGCUCCCCUCAGCUCUACAGGUACAAGGAUGGAGUUUGGAUCAAAGCGUCUGCAACUGGAGAGGAGGGCUGUGACAGUGACCAUGCUCACAUGUGGUACGACGAGGUGCGGGAGCUGCGGGAGAGGGCGGAGGCCUAUAGAAGGAGGGCCAGGGGCACCCACUUCUCCAGAGACCACCUGAACCAGAUCCUGUCUGAGCAGAAUGGGCUGUGGGAGGCCUCUACAGUCACCUCGUCUGUGGGUGUGGGGCAGAAUGGCAGUGUCACUGGCCUCGACUUGCCCAGUAGCGCAGACAGCGAGAACGGCAACAUCGGCUCUGUGGCUGCACCGACACCCCCAGACAGCAGGAGAAGCUCCAAGGUAGAGGAGGAUCCUGACCUUCAGAUACGGAGGAGGCUAGCCUGGGGGGAGGCAGAGAAAGGGGGCGAGCCGGAAAGAGAGGAGGAAGCAGAAGAAGAGGAGGAGGUGAAGAUCAACAAAGGAAAUGGCACCAACAAGCACGAUCCUCUGUGGUCUAGCCUGAGAUUGCCAGAGAGGCGACACCUGUCCCCGCCGCCGAGCUCAGAGGGGUUCGUCCCAGACGGCAGGCUGCCCACGCCCAAGCUGGCGGAUGCUGCUGUGGCACAGAGGACGCACCAUGACCUCACCACCCCCAUCACGGGGGGUGCGAUUUUGGUCUCCCCCCCGACAUUGAAGGGCUUCCUUCAAGGUGUCCGGAGGUGUGACCCCCCUUUGGGCAAAACCUACAAUCACUUCAAGCCACUGUCUCACACCUCCACACCGCCAGAGCCUGGGAAGGCUGAUGAUGACUGGGCCCAGACCCAAGCCCACGUAGCUGGGCUGAGCACGGAGGAUCCCAUCCCCUUGAGAGAGGACGUCUUGCCGGUGGGUGCCCCGCCCCCCGACAGGCCUGUGCGUGCUCCGCACCACUCCAGGUGGCCUUGGAAACACAGCGCCACCGCCUGUCCUGCUGUUUCGGCACCGGCCAAUCGGAUUCAGGGAACACUGAGGGACCCAGAGUUCCAGCAUAACGGUAAUUUAGGCACAAUACGACCGGAACCAUUUCUUUUCCAGUCCAGUGACUCGACCACUUCUGAUGACGACCGGAUGUCACAAAUCUCCUCCAGGUCCGCGGAGUCCUGCACGCUCGCCUCACAGGUCCUUGCCAGAGCCCAGAAGAGGAGAGAAGAGUUCUGGGGGAACACCUAGUUUUGCAGGAGGCCAGCGCGUCGUGGCUAACGCAUCGUAAUGAUAACUCGACCACUGUCGGCAUUUUGGAUCAACGUUUGCUCAUAAAUGGGAUAUUAUGGGGUAUUAAAUGUCGAUUUUUUUUUUCCUGUGGGAGUGACUGAAAUGAAAAGUUUGAAUAUUUAAGAUUUUGUGAAACUGUCAAUGUAUUUUUUAUUUACUUGAGUAAAAUACUUUACACAGGUCAGAGGUAACUGAUGUCCUAGUGUGUAUUGAAGUGCGUAUUUUAUAAAAAGUCGAUUCGCAAACAGCACACGAAUAGGUACCUAAUCGUGCUAGCCAUCACCGAUGUAAUUACGUGACAGAAUAAAUAACGGGUGUUCUGUG